AUGGACGGUGUCAGCGGUGUGCAAGGCUCGACCGACCUUGUGCUUUUCCAGACGGCUCGCGCAGGAACACAAGCAUCAGAAACGCCAUCCCCUUCUGCAAUCGAUAAUACGUCGUUACUCCCAAGCCCUGUACCUGAGCUCAACGACUUCAUUACCCAGGGCCUUCUCAAUAUCACUGAGGGCGAAGAACUUCUCUUAAAGUUCCGCGCUGACUUGAUGCCCUUGUUCCCGUUCGUCAUUAUCCCUGAGGUGAACUUUGCUGAAUUGCGCCAGCAGUCGCCAUUUCUCCUCUUGUGCAUAAUGACCGCUUGUCUCGAGCACAGGCCCGCUCUGCAGCAAAAGUUGGAAUUCGAAGCUCGAACGGUGCUCUCUACCCGCGUAGUAAUGAACAUGGAGAGAGACAUGGAUUUACUUCGGGGAUUACUGGUUCAUAUCGCAUGGUAUCACUAUCAUUGGCGCAUCUAUCAUACCCAGGUGUACAUGCUUCUGCAGAUGGCUAUGGCCAUGGUUGUCGAUUUGGGACUUGACAAAUACGACAACUUCAGAAUGCAGCGCAGCCCUCAUGAUGGAAAAUGGACGGAUGAGUCACAUAAAGGACAAGCUCUCUAUCUCACUCCUGACGGACAGCGUGCCUUCUUAGGGUGCUACUAUCUAUGUUCCAAGGCCUCGAUAUUCCGGCGACAGCUGACCAUGGAACACACUGACUGGGUCGAGCAUUGUGCUGCUAGCUUAGAGCAAAGGGCGGAGUAUCCCACUGACCGGUCUCUACGAGCAUUAAUUGAGAUCCAAUCGCUUGCUCGGCAAUCGGAGCUAGAGGUCGAAGACCCUAUCCAUGCUAUGAGCAAGGACGAACUGUCCCAGUCUAUGGGAAUACUUGAGGAUCGAAUCGAGCACCUUCUCGUGCAGGAAGCGGAGUGUAAUACCUGGUCCCUGCGUUUAGAGCUCAACGCAAUUCCUACCAUUGUUCUCGGGCAUGCUCUUCGGCGACAAAGAGAUGUCCAUCGCCUGUAUGAGAAAGAGCGAUUGCUCUCCAUUGCACGCUCCGCGAUCAACAUUGUAACGGUAUUCCUCGCAUCGCCGGCUUCGAUUGCGCCCAAUCUCCCUAUGUUCAGUUACACAUCCAUCUGGUACGGCCUUCUAGUUUUAUCGAAGCUGAGCUUGCUUCCGAAUGCCGCGACGGAAGGCAAGGUAGUCUACAACAAAGAUAUACACAACCUCGGCCUUGCUGCUAUGCAGAAAAUGGAGACAAUGUCACAAAGAAACGAUGUUUGGGAUAACUGCCGUGCAGUGAUUGGAUCUAUGCUGUCAUGGUUAGAGAGUAGCCGGGCACAACCUCGAUCAAUACAAGUUCAAGGAGAUACAUCAAACACCCAGGACGCUGAGAACGCUCAUGUGUUGCCACGGCCCAUACCCGAAGGUCGCCCUCGAACCACAGAGUCUGCAGCGGUGGCUGAAGAUUGGGAUGCUACUACGUGGCAACAGAUGUUGCAAGAUUUGACCUGGAUAGGACUACCGGGAGAGCAGCAGCCUUGA